CGCUUGAUGCUUCAUUCACUGCAUUCCACUCCCAUUCACCCCUGGCCCCUCAGUGUUAGACGCAAGGAUCGGAUUGGUUUAUCCGUCCACCGACGGGGAGAUUCUGUCUCUCAUCAUGCCUGCCACCCCCGAGCGCAGGAGCGAUCGAGGAGCGCUGGCGCGUCGCAACCGCGAACACACUCAGGACCAGCAGCUCUCUCCCUUUCGACGAGCUCGUCAAACUCGUCUUGCCGACACAUUCGACGCGUCAUUUACGCCCAAUAAUUUUACCGAAUACAACGGCCAACAACACCGGCGAAACUUUAGCCAAACCGGAAGCUUCCGCAAAGCAUUCGAGUUUACAUCGCGUUUACCCAACAUGUCGGAUCGCGAGGCCGCCUCCUACACUCUCGGGACGCCAAACCGGAACAGACGACAGAGUUUCAACCCCAUCUCCCCCGAGUCCAACCCCCCGAACGAGCUGGCAGAGGCAUACCGGCAGAUCGAUGACGCAGGGAGUCUUGUUGAUUUAGACCCGGAGGAUGACUUCAACUUUUCCCUACGAGGCAAUCGCAGCAGGCGCUCAUCGUCGGCAUCACGCCUGAGAGGGGAUGAUCUGUUCGCGGCUGCCGAUGCGGAUUUUUUGAACGAGAUCUCGGACGACUCCCUCCGCCGCAAGCUGGUCGACCAUGUCCAAGACGAAAAGCGGUUGAGAAGGGCCACAUCUAGCCGAUCACCUGUGUUGAGCAAUGCGGGGACUAUAAACCCGUUGACCUCGGAAAAUCUGCAACGGCGCGAGGAGGAGGACGAGCAAGAGAUGGAGUUGGAAGAGGACGAUGGUCUCAAACCCUCCUUGAACCUUCCCAACACUUGGGGAAGCCGGGCGGCUUAUCGCCGUGACUGGUUGAGGAAGAUGACGCGGCGCACUGAGCUUCCGGACAUGCCAGCGGAAAGGGUGAAGGAUAUGUCGCCCCCAAGACUCAGCUUCGACAGAAACUCGCACACUAAAGCCCCAGAAUCGACUGGCAUCGAAAACAAACCAUCGAACAGGUACAACAGGGUUCCCUUAGCCGAUGCGCCGAACAAGCUGGCCUUUGAACAAAACGUCGAGAAACCAAUCGAUGGAGACCCAAUACCGAAUACACCAAUUGUAGUUUACAAGAACUCGACCUUCACGAAACGAAGUCCGACAAAGAGAGACUCUCAGGACUUACUUCGGAAAUUGUCAAGAACAGAGAGUCCAGGUCAGCAGCUCAUGACCCCGGAGACGCAAAAGUUUCCCGAGAGACGUAUCUAUGACAAGACGCCCAUUGUGACUGGUGCUUGGAUCGAUACUCCGGUGACUGAACGGGUCGGGAGGGUGAACGAAUUUCCAGAACAUCUAUCCCAGGACAUAGUGCCAUCGCCACCAAGGAAUGAAAGGUACGAGUCAUUCGUGCCUACGCAACCUACGAUCGAUGAAGUAUCCCAAACUCUCGAAUUGGAAGACACACGGGCGAAUGAGGAUCGAGAGAAGGAGAAGGAACAUCAAGAAACGAGACGGAGGGAGGAGCGAGAUAGGGAACAGAGGCAGCGGGAGGAAAGGCAGAGGGAGGAGAGGCAAAGGGAGGAGAAACAGAAGGAGGAACAGCAAAGGCUAGAACGGGAGAAGGGAAAGGAGCGAAAGGAUGCAGUGAAGCAAGGCCAAGAAAAGAGAGACGAGCAAAAGAAAACGGAACAAACAAGUGGGAAAAUGAAGGCAAAGAAUAAGCCACCACUGGUCAAACCCGACUUGCCCAAAAGUGCUUUAGAGACGGUUUUGCAGGAUUUCAAAUCCCACAAGGAUUCACUGGACGUCGGUGAUGAUACGAUCGAGUCUCUGCAGGACAUCAUCGACGGGCAACCCGGUGAGCUGAAGACCGAGGAAGAAGACGAUGCUGCAUACGAGAAGGAGAUUUUGAAGAAACUGGAACUUGCAAGCUCCGGGAGCCGAAAUACAGUGGACCUGGACCGGCUGAACGAAAAGCUCAAAUCACUGGCUGAGAAUAUCCAGAAAGUCAAAAGCGGGCUGGAUGGGUUAGAAGUCCAGGUAUCUCGAGACGCGGAUGUUCUUGCCGCGAUUCCCUCGGCGCCUAGGGGCAAACAGUCCAAACAGCACAGCUGUGAGAAUUGCAACGGGGAGCAGGAUGGCCGCGUCUAUGCACUAGUCACCCUCCCACGCCUGUGGAGACGGGACCCUGUCUCUCGAUGUAUCCGUCUGACGCGGCUAGGAUGGUGCUCCCUCAUCUUGCUCCUGUGGUUCUGCUCCGAGUCAACCAUGUGCGAUUUCUACUGCCACCCUUCCAUCUCCGACACCUGUCAGGGCAACUGUUUGCUCCCGGACGCUCCCUGUUUCCCGUAUGCAAUCCCGACCAUGCUUUGGCGUUGGCUGCACCUGUCUUCGAUCUUCGGCCCUCUAUGGACCGUCACCAUUGCCCUGGUCAGGCUCCUGGCACAGGUCCUUGGCUUUUGGGAUGGAUACGUGGAGGAGGCACCCCGCCCGGUUAAUCUGACUGGCGAGGUCCGCAUCCAUGGCCAAGUGACCAAUUUUCCUACGGCGUCAGCUACAUCUCGGGGGUUCUUCUCUCCGCCAAGAUUGUGGUCUGAGAAAGGACAGACGGUGGUCUCGGAGGCGGUUCCCGAGUUGAAGGUGGAAGUUGAGGAUAUUCCCGUCAGAGCAGCAUCCUCUUGGGAGGAUGAUAGCUCCAUGGAUGAUGAUGAGUUUAUUUAGGUGGUCUGGUUAUCUUUUAGAUCCGUUUAGCGUGUUAUGAUUUGGAGUUACCACUGUGUGGAGUCAGGAACCUACCUAUACCUUGGUGAAUUUGGACAGAUGGAUUUGAUUCUCAAGUACAAUCUGAUUAUCUAGUUGGCUGUCCUAAGCAUUUUAGUUUCCCAAAC